ACGGAGAGCCCUCGAGUCGCUUUACUCGGAAGAGAACUUCCCUCGUAGAUAGAUUCUAGAGAGAGAAUUCCCAAUUAGGCCCCCCACGUUUCUAGAGAGAGAAAAGUAAAAGUAAACGAGAAGACGACGAAGCCACUCGGUGGACGCGGCGAGGGCGUUUAUGUCCUUUUACAUGGCAGUCUCCGGCGGCGACGAGUGACCGCAUCGCUGCGGCGGCAGUAUCUUUGGCUACGGCGGCGUUGGUGGUAGGUUAAGCAGAUUUCGGUGUGCCUACGCCGGAGAUCGAGAACUGCCGUCUACGUCACCAUAUUUCCGGAUUUCUCGCUUUGGUUGCGGCGGUUCCUUUGAACCGCUAGUUUAUCGCCGAUUUGUACAGGGAUUUUUGAAUUUUUCUGCGGUCGGAGAAUCGGAGUUCGGAUUUGAUUAGGUUUAAUCUGUGGAAGAAGAGAGAGAGAGAGAGAGAGAGAGAGAGAGAGAAGAGAGGAGUCUGGUUUUGACUUGGCAUAGAUGAAAGCUCUCAGACGAAUUCAAACGACGUCGUCGGCUUCGAAUCCGUCGUCGCCAUUAUCGUCUUCUCCGUCUUCUUCCUCAUCCUCUUCGUGGAUCCACCUGCGAUCUGUUCUAUUCGUUGUCUCUUCUUCGUCUCCAUCUUAUUGUUCUUCUUCGGAUCGGCCUCAUCUCAAAUCGCCAUGGUCCCGUAGGAAAAGGAAACGGCCCCUAACACCUCAGCGGUGGAAAAGAUUGUUAACGCCAGAGGGUAGACUCCGGAAUGGAGGAGUGGGCUUGUUGAAGAAAGUCCGAAGCAGAGGCAUUGAUCCGAGCAUACGGUCAGAGGUGUGGCCGUUCCUUCUUGGAAUGUACGAUUUAAAUAGUUCCAAAGACGAGAGAGAUGCUAUAAGAACUCAAAGAAGAAAAGAAUACGAGAGAUUACGCCGGCAGUGCCAACGGCUUCAAAAACGCAACAGCAGAAAUUUGAAGAUGAAUAAGAUUAGUGAAAGCAGUCAGGACAGGGAUGGUUUGUCUCUUGCUCAUGACACAGACAGUUCGUGUUCCGAAGACGUAGUCAGCGCCCGGGAGUCUCUUUCUAGCGAGGAAGACAUUGCAGAAGAGAUUCAGUUCAUGAAUGAACUCUCCAGUUCGUUACUCGUAGGAGAAAGCAGCGGUUCAAGACGAAUCAUCACCACUGCGGCUAACUCUACGAUGAACUCCGAGUCAUCAGACUCAGAUUCUUCAGACGAAAACGAAGUAGUUCAGUUCUUUCCAUCUUCCGAAAGCAGGAGGGACCACCCCAACGAUUGUCUGGAUGACAAUUAUACAUCUCCGUCUAGCAGAUCAAUUCCUCGGACCGAAGAGGAUUUUACGACAUGGCAACGUAUUAUCCGUCUAGAUGCAGUGCGGGCCAAUUCUGAGUGGACCCCUUAUUCCUCCCAGGCCGCAGUACCCGAAGACAGGGCCCACCGUGCAGCUGAAGCAGUUGGAUUAAAGGAUUACAACCACUUGGAACCCAUCAAAAUCUUUCACGCGACGAGGCUCGUGGCUGUUCUUGAAGCCUAUGCCUUAUAUGACUCUGACAUUGGCUAUUGCCAAGGAAUGAGCGAUCUUCUCUCGCCGAUACUCUCCGUCAUAUCCGAUGAUCAUGUGGCGUUUUGGUGCUUCGUCGGGUUCAUGAAGAAGGCUCGUCACAAUUUCAGGCUGGAUGAGGUCGGAAUCAAAAGACAACUGAGCAUCGUCUCGAAGAUAAUCAAGUCCAAAGACUCGCAGCUCUACCGGCACCUCGAGAAACUCCAGGCAGAGGACUGUUUCUUCGUUUACAGGAUGGUUGUGGUGAUGUUCAGACGGGAACUGACGCUGGAACAGACUCUUUCUCUCUGGGAAGUGAUGUGGGCAGAUCAGGCCGCGAUCAGGGCCGGGAUCGGGAAAUCGGCAUGGAGCCGGAUAAGGCAGAGGGCUCCACCGACGGAUGAUCUGCUGCUGUUUGCAAUCGCGGCUUCGGUAUUGCAGAGGAGGAAACUGAUAAUAGAGAAAUACAAUAGCUUGGAUGAGAUACUGAGGGAGUGUCAUAGCAUGGCGGGGCAACUAGACGUGUGGAAGCUCUUGGAUGAUGCACACGAUCUCGUCGUCACCCUCCACUCCAAGAUCGAACCUUCCUUAUCCGGGUUAUCUGGAUCUGAACAGAAUCCACAUUUAUCCAGAUCUCUGUCAGCAAAACAAGACUAGCGAUUCGCGGCCCGAUUGAACUGAUGUGUGUUUGUGUGUGUAUAUAUAUGUGCAUUCAACUCCGAAUGGCGGGGCGGGUCUGUUCUGACCGUUGAUUCGAGCUGAUUGUUGACAACGGAAGGCGGAUUAGAGGAGAAUGUUAGGUAGCCGUUGUCGGAAUCUUUACUCUGAUAUGUUUUCCCGAAAUCCGGUCU